CGCCGAGAUUGAUUCACCUUCACCUGUGCUGCACUCCAGCUGACCCAAGUAGGAAGCCAGACGAGCUGUAAAACAUGAACGGAAGAGUGGAUUAUUUGGUCACUGAGGAAGAGAUCAAUCUUACCAGAGGGCCCUCAGGGCUGGGCUUCAACAUCGUCGGUGGGACAGAUCAGCAGUAUGUCUCCAAUGACAGUGGCAUCUACGUCAGCCGCAUCAAAGAAAAUGGGGCUGCGGCCCUGGAUGGGCGGCUCCAGGAGGGUGAUAAGAUCCUUUCGCAGAAGGAGACUCAGAUGGAGGGGCAGGAUUACACACUGAAUCAUUGGCAGGUAAAUGGCCAAGACCUAAAGAACCUGCUGCACCAGGAUGCUGUAGACCUCUUUCGUAAUGCAGGCUAUGCUGUGUCUCUGAGAGUGCAGCACAGGUUACAGGUGCAGAAUGGACCUAUAGGACAUCGAGGUGAAGGGGACCCAAGUGGUAUUCCCAUAUUUAUGGUGCUGGUGCCAGUGUUUGCCCUCACCAUGGUAGCAGCCUGGGCUUUCAUGAGAUACCGGCAACAACUUUGAAAAACUUGCUCUCUUUCAAUACUCCCAAUGAAGAUACAUUUCACUCACCCUCCACCCCUGCUAUUCUGCCAUGUCUUUCCCUCUCUCUGCAUAGCCAGAUUUGAAGUGACUGAUACCCACCCCAAACCUUGCUGUUCACAGUCUCCAAUUCUUCAUAUUCUAAUGGGAAAGUAAAGGUAUUGUUUGAAGGAAAACUGAAGAAAAGACUUGGCUUAGAACAAGUGAGGAGUUAUAUAUUUUACUAGGACUUUUGAUAGAAAUUCAGCUACAACCCAAAGAGAGAAAGAUUGAGUCUUCCUGUCACCAUAGGCAAUACCUUUUUUCUUAGCUGGCAUGCCAUAAAGGCCAGCUAUGUGAUAUUAGAGGAAGAAAGGAUUUUUCUUUUUAAUGAUCUUCCUUGGGAAAUUAUUGUGGCCUUUAUUUAAUUUCUAACUACAUACCUGGGUGCCUAUAUCGACAAAGAGUGAGAAGAGCAUUUUUACUUUUUAAAAAAAGCAAAUACAUAUAUACACAUACGUAUGCAAAUAUUAUAGUAUAAUAGUGAUCCCUAUGGAGAAUUAAAGGUGAGAAAGCUACUUUGUGGUGUCUAGGUUUCUGAUAAAAGGGAUGAUCUUAACUGAAGAAUUUAAAGAGAUACUUAAACAGAGCAAAUGUAGUAGGAACAAGGGAGUGAGCCUUGUAAGAGGACGUUCAGUCUCAUUUAUUAAAAUAAUAACUGAGACUGGGAGAGGUGGCUCAUGCCUGUAAAUCCCAGCACUUUGGUAGCCUGAAGUGGGAGAUUGCUUGAGUCCAGGAGACCAGCCUGGGCAACAUAGCAAAACCUCAUCUCUAUUUAAAAAAAAAAAUAGAAAAAAAUGUAAUAACUGAAGCAACUAAUUAAAAAUCUUAGAAGAACAAUAUUUAUUCUUAUAACAGCCGACUAUGGUGAGUUAUUAUAAGGUAAAUUGCCAUAAUCCAGCGCUGCUCACAUCUAAAAAACUUUGAGGUGUAAAGGUAAAUUGUACCAAUCUCUGGGCUGCCCUAGUGACUUUUUUGAUACCUCAGAGUCCUAUUGAAGAACCAGGUGGAAUGAUUGUGGUAAGGGCUAUAGUGCUGGAGCCAAACACCCCAGCAAGAAAACUCUAAAAGGACAAAAGAUAAGGUAGUGCCUCCAAGGUGGCACCUGAACCCUCUCAGGCUACUUUUUGGUUUCUACUAACAAACCUGAGGGAAGGAACUGCCUCCCUGGCAGGAUGGGCGUCAAAUCAACUCUGGCUUCAGAUUUAGUUAAAAUGAGGCCGGGUGCAGCGGCUCACACCUGUCAUCUCAGCACUUUGGGAGGCCGAGGCAGGCAGAUCACAAGUUCAGGAGUUCAAGACCAGCCUGGCCAACAUGGUGAAACCCCAUGUCUACUGAAAAUACAAAAAUUACCUGGACAUGGUGGCGCGUUCCUGUAAUUCCAGCUACUCAGGAGGCUGAGGCAGGAGAACUGUUUGAACCAGGACCUGGGAGACGGAGGUUGCAGUGAGCCAAGAUCACGCCACUGCACUCCAGCCUGGGCUACAGAGCAAGACUCCAUCUCAAAAAAAGAAAGGCAUGGAUUGCUAGUAUUUUUGAAAGGCUUUAUACACUACAUACGGCUUUUAAUAAACCUUUUUGCAGCAAGAGGGAGGAAAAGAGUUUUGUUUGCUUUAGGAGGUAGGGAAAUGUGGUAGGUGUUUCAUGCGGCCUAGGAGGAGGAUAUGAAUGAAUGGAUACUAUGGAAUGCCAGUGAUCUUGAUAAGGUGGGAACCAUCCUGUUCAUGUUCUUUUAAGGCUGGUUUUAAGCACUAUGGGUAGCUGAAUUUUCUGGCUUUAAGAAAAUCAUUUCCAUUAGCCAAAUAUAUUGGCCAUACUAUAGGCCUUUUAUAAUUUUGUUAGCAAGAUUAUCAGGACUCAGGCAAUCAACUGUAUUUCAUUUCUAGCUUGGACAGUCUGGUAAUUAAAUGUUGAUUGGACAUCAGCUGUGUCAAGACACUUUUACAAAGAAGUACAGUGCAUAUUCUCCAUCCCAUAGGGCUUUUGGGUUCCAACUGCGAAGACAACACUCUUAUUGGCCACAUAGGUAGGACAGUGUAAGUAGGGGUCGUGUUUAUAUUACAGACAGCAAAAGAGAAAAGUUACUGAGAACUGGGGCAUUUGAGAAAGUUACGUGGAGGAAAGGGACAAGUUAAAGACCCUUAAGGACCUCACAGCCUAGUUAAGAGAAUUCAUAAACAGGUGAGAAGUUAAAAGUAUAUCAGCAGGCUAAGUAUUGAAAACAAUAUUAAAGGGGUACCAUGCAAAACACGAUGCAGCAACAAAGAAGAUAUGCAGGUAAUCAUCACAUUUUCUUUUAGAAAUUCAGGGGAAAAAAGAUGUCACAUAAUGGCAUCAGGCUCAAUUGGAAAGGGAAGGCUUUUGAAAAUAAGAGGUCCAGUAAGACCUUGCCUCUGGGUCACUACUGGUAUAGGGAGAAACUUGCUUUAAACAGUCCUGACAUAAAGUGCCUUUUGACAUCAACUAUUCAAUACCUUUGAGACUCACUUAGACAACUGGACUCAUUGUAGGUUCCACAGAAAAUCACAGACAACAUUCUAGUUGUCACUCCAACCAGCCACACUAGGAGGGCACAGCCUCUGGUACCCUUUCUGUUCCUGAAGGCAUGUACAGCGGCUUCUACAGCAAGCUUGCUUACCUCCCAGGAUUCACCUCAUGGUUUGGACACUGAUUCCUGAGAGAGCCUUGAGACACACAAAGUGAAAAAAAUGUCAAGCAGGAAUGAAAGCUCUAGUUUUUUGCUUGUUGGUAUAUGUAAAUUUGUUUUAAAAGUAUCCAUCCUGUCGUUGGUAGAAGUUUUGCUUUGGUUGAUAAUAGAGAUUCUGAUGUACUCUUAUAACUUAGGUUUUCUCAGAAAUUAAAUAGCAUUGAAGAUCAAUGUAAUACAGUUUUAAGCAGGUACACUAAUUAUAUUAUUGAUUCUAUAGAAAACUAAAAUUAUAGAUGAGGUAUCAGAAUCCAUUAUAGGUUGUAAAAAAAUUCAUGUUCUUCAUAGAUUGAGUCUAAUAUUUCUUCUAUAGAUUGCAUCUAAUGUUCCUACUACCUAAAUUAUUACGUUCAAAGUUUUGAAAAUUGAACGAAGGUAUUUUUCAGUACUUAAAACAUUUCUCUAUCAUUCUGUAUUACAUGUAUAAUUAUAAGAUAUUGUUUGCUUCAACUAGCUGUACUUUGUUUUCCUGUGAAGUUUCAACUUAUGUGUUAUCGAUUUAACUUAAUUGUUCCAUCUAGCCAUGUAUAAUGGAAAAAGGAAGUUAAUAUUUGUUAUUGUGUUCUAUGCCAGGGACUGUACCAAACUCUGAUUGGUACAUUAUUUCAUGUCUCACAACUCUGGGAUCUAAGUAUUGUCACAAAGAGACUAAAAAUGAGAUAAAAAAUUACUUGACUAGGAUUACAUAGGUGGUAAUAAUAGAAUCAGGAUUUAAACUCAGGACUUCAGAUGCCAGCAUCAAUGAUAUUCUCUCACUGGAAGUGGUUCUCAAAGCAAGGUCCUGACAAAAGCAUCAGCAUUACUAGGGAACUUGUUAGAAAAGCAAGUUCAUAGGCUGGGCAUAGUGGCUCAUGCCUGUAAUCCCAGCACUCUAGGAGGCCUAGGCAGGCGGGUCACUUGAGCUCAGGAGUUUGAGACCAGCCUGCACAACGUGAUGAAACCCUGUCUUUACUAAAAGUCAAACAAAUUAGUGGUGCAUGCCUGUAGGCCCAGCUACACGGGAGGAUUGCUUGAGCCCAGGAGAUUGAGGUGCAGUGAGCCGUGAUUGCUCCACUUCAUUCUAGCCUGAGCAACGGAGUGAGACCUUGUCUCAAAAACAAACAAACAAACAAACAAACAAAGAAACAAAAAGCAAGUUCCCAGAAGAGAAAAAAGAAGUUCCAGACCUAGUGAAUCAAAAACUCUGAGCGUGGCAUCUCACAAUCUGUGUUUUUGUAAUCCUUCCAGGUGACUGAUUCAUGCUAAAGUUUGAGAGUCAUUGCUCUAUGCCAAUCAUCAUUCCCUUUGCUCAGGUUAGAAUCAUCUGGAGAGCUUAUAAACGUCCCCAUGCCCAGGCUGCACACAGAUCAAUUAAAAGGAACCUCUGAGGGUGGGACUCAAGCAGCAGUAAAAUAAAGUUCAUUGAGUGAUUCUGGUGUGCAGCCGCAGUUGAAAAUGUUAUAUAGCAUUUAAACAAGACACUAUUUAAUUAAACUAAACACUAUUUAAAUUAUUAAAUUACAUACAUUGCUUCAGGCAAAACAACAACAACAACAACAACAACAAAAACUUGGGCCUUUAGAGCCCAGCUUUCUGAACUUCUGCACGAAGUAAGUGGAACAUUCAUUUCUUCCUGAUUUGCUAAGGAUUGAUCAACCUCCAGCAAAAUGUAUGAUUAGUGAGUGUUUCAGUUGGUGCAUCGAUUAAAUGAGAACCAAUCAUAGAAUAUUGAAGCUAAAAAGGACCAGAGAGCUUCUAGGAUGAAUCUGUCUUAGAGAUGAGAAAAAUAAAGGCUCAGAGAGGGAAGCUAACUUAACUCUAAUCAGACUUAGUUUGUUGCAGAAGUGACCUUUCUGUCUCAUAUUUAUGUCUUGAAUAUAUUCACUACAUGAAUACACAGACUACCCAUUUUAUCUUAGUCUACUUUCUUCUCUCUUUGGGCCUGAAUAAAGAUCAGAACUGAUAGACAGCUAAAGGAUAUUGCAAGCAUCAUUAUUGGAAUUGGGAGAUUCCACAGAACAAUCUGAGAAUGAUCUCAUCUUAUUCUGAGACUAAUUCCAAUAGUUCUAGAGACUUUUUUUUUAUGGUGGACAUUGUUUUUAUUGUGUAAAUAAGCAAUUUUUAAAGUAUAUUUAAAGAAAUGAAACAUAAGGAAGUAUAUAGGCUGUCAGGUAUGUGGGGAAGUGAAGUUCAUGUAGUUUUCAUGUGGAGCCCAUACAGAUUUUAUUAUAGUCAAUUUUAGUGAAAUUUAUCCUUGGUCAGAUGAAGGUUUUUUUCCUUCAUUCAGCAAAUAACUAAUGAGUGCCUACUAUGUGCUAGGUGCCGAAGAUAGAGAGAUAAAUAACACUUAGUCACUCUAAGCUGAAAUUGCUCAGCAUAUGAAAGUGGAGGAAUAUUUGUAGGUGAUUUUGAUGUUAAAGUAUUUUUUUAACAUCACCUGGUAGUAGAAGAUUGAGUUAUGAAGCUGUCUACCUCUCACCUAUAAUAGUUUUAGAGUUGGUUGCUAUUUUGGUGUAAGUCUCUUUUGCUGUUCCUCUUUUAACUGCAAAUCUUUUUGAGACCAGCACUCACAUCCAAAAGGGCAAUUGUGAUAAAAAAGAAGACAGUAUUUUAAGGAUUCUGAUCAGAACCAGAUUCUUUUCUUUUCUUUUUUUUUUUUUUUUGGAGACGGAGUCUUGCUCUGUCGCCUAGGCUGGAGUGCAGUGGCACGAUCUCAGCUCACUGCAAUCUCUGCCGCCCGGGUUCAAGCGAUUCUCCUGCCUCAGCCUCCCCAGUCGUUGGGAUUACAGGUGUGUGCCACAACGCCUGGCUAAUUUUUGUAUUUUUAGUAGACAUGGGGUUUCAGCAUCUUGGCCAGGCUGGUCUUGAAUUCCUGACCUCGUGAUCCACCCAUCUCGGCCUCCCAAAGUGCAGAACCAGAUUCUUAACUGCCACAGACUCUUGUAUUAUGUAAUUUAUAUACAGAACACAAAGCACUUGAUUUGCUUAACUGAUGUACUUGAUGAUACUAUAAAACCUAUAUUAUGAGAAAGCAUUGCUCCUUCAAAGGAAUCAAGUGAUAGCAAACACUCGGUCCUGUUUCCAGGUUUUCCUCACUGUUCAUUUUGCCUUUGUUCUUGCAGGGGGAGAAUGAGAGGGGCGAGAGCUAAAGUGUGUUGUCAAUGCAAGUCAAUCAUUAACCAACAAUAAUUUACAAAAGAACUUUAUAUUUGCUGUAAUCAUUAAAUUUAGUUACUAAUCCCAGGAAAAGGGUUAGUCCUUCUUCCUAGUUUGUAGAUUUGCAAAUGGAGAUGAAUAAUUGAAUCCUAUUUUAAUCUUUUAUCUGCAGUAAUCUGGGCUUCUUAUUACCGGAUAUAUUUGCAUUUUACCUCCAGGCCAUGUUAGUUCUUAGAAGAUUAUUUUCCUCAUGAACCCUAUUUUGUUUUGCUUCCUUUCUGCUUCAAUUCUAAUGUCACAUUGCAUACCUGGAUGUAAACAGCAGUCAGUUUCUCAGAUCAAAUAGAGCCCUGUAGCAACUUGGAAGACACAGAAGACACACGGACAUAAAACUGUAUUUAUUAUCCAGGGAAUGUCACUACAGAUUAAUUAUGUUAAUGAGGCCAUCAAAAUCUAUGGUAAUCUUUCAGGCUUUGUUGUUUGAUAUCAGAUACAGCAAAUGAGAUAAUAAUGUGUCUAAUUGUGCCUAGCCAGUAUUGGUAUUUAAUAAAACUUUGUCAUUGAAUCUUUACAA